UUCAACGCGGCCGCUUCGCAGUUCGCACAGAUUUGGCUGCUGCAAAAAGUCUCAUUUCGUUUUCGUUGACCGCAUUACUUUUUGUAAUUUAGCGUUCCAGCCACAACUUGAUAUGAUCGCAUUUGAUCGUUUAACUCGCGUUCGAGCGGCGAGACGUUUGCGACGCAUUGAAGUUAACCAGCUGGGCUAAUUAACGGAGCUGCUAGCUGCAUAUUAUUGCCACAGAGAAAUGUAUACACCGAGAGACAAUGGCGAGACGGCUGGGAAAAUUAAGACUGAGCCCCAACGAAGAGGCCCAGUUGAUACAAGAAGAAAGGGAGAGGAGGAGAAAACUACGAAUACAACAGGUUCGUGAGCAGCAGAAGGAUUUUGCGCUGCAGACGCGGCAGAAUGUGGAGCAGAGGCGUCGGCGUGAGCUCGAGCUGCUGGGACAGGGACUACGGGAAGAAUGGGAGCAACAACGGAGCGAAAAACUGCACAUGCUGCAGAUGCUUUACGAACAGAGCCUCCAGAUGGUCGGCCAUGGACAGAGAAUGGCCAAAGAAAAUGAGCCUGAUUUGGCGGCCUUAGCCCAGAGGGAGGCGCAGAAUCACGCAAAAGCAGAGGAGCGCUUUCGAGAAGCCCUCAAGGAGCUGAAGUCGCAGAGGCUUAAAGACAGCGAAAUGCAAAGCCGAACAAUCAAUGCCAGGAAGAAGGCACUUCAGGUAGAAAAGGAUAGAUCGGCAAAAGUGGCCAACCUCCCAGUGGCUACACCAAAACCAAUUCUGCAGGCUACUGAUUCAGAGAAAUUGCAUGUGGGAAAGAAGUCAGACGUCAGUGCCUUUGCCUUUACACGUUAUCACAUGGCCACAGUGGACCGAGCGGUGGACACGCAGCUGACUGAUGCCCAUGAGGGAGCGGAACUGGAGAUGAAGAGGCUGCAGGACUUCCAGAGGGACGACGAAAGGAAGAGAGCCGAGCGGAUGGAGACUGCUCGUCUUCGAGGGAAAUCCGCUUUGCGGAAAGAGCACCUUGCACUGGACCGCGAUCGGCUUCUUGUGGAACUGGAGCACAUGCAGCAGGCUGACAUGUUGAGGAGGCGGCAGCAGGCGUUUCAGAUGCCGCCGCAGAUCUUCCAGCCGCCUCACUUAAGGCAGGAGAUGAAGGAUGACUUCCAAAGGGACAUGGAGUUUGCCUUUGAGGACAUGUACACCAGAGAAAAGAAAAUCAAAGGUGACCUCGUGGGCCGGCUGGUAUCCGAACCGCUUCCUGACACAUCCACAAUCAGCCAGGACCCAGAGCUGGAUGUCAUGCUGGACGAAACCAACACAUCUGAAAUAGACAAGUCGCAAGUGGACCCGGAAUCACAGGACUCUGCAUGUGUGGACACUGUCAGAGCAGCUCCCAGACAGGCCCUGAAGAAACUCCUCAGUCGCAUCAGGAACCAGAGGAGCGAGUCAACAAGCUGCAACAAUGGUGUCAAUGCAGCCCGUUCUCUCGUCACCGUCGCCAGUCGGGUCUCAGAGAGGGACACGGAUGUGAUCCCAGAACGGGAUACCAUCGUCAGGCCUGGGGGAGUUGCGGAGAGGGAUGCGGUUGCUGAUUCAGAGGCACUUUCGGAGCGAGACAUGACCAUCGACACAGGCUCCCUCAGCAGCCAGCCCACCCAACCUCCAUCGUCAUCUACAGCAAAGCCCAUUAGUCAUCUGAUCCCGGCAGAUGCUCAACACCAAGAUGACCUUUCCUCCAAAAUCCUGGAACUUGAAAUGGAGCGAAAGAAAAGGGAGCUGGAGCUGGAGCGGGAGAAGCAGCAGCAAAUGGCUUUGCUGCAGGAGUUGGAAGAGGAGAAAGCCCAAUUAGAGCGGCUUCUCAAUGAUAUUCAGCAGGAGGGAAACCACCCAAAGGUUACUGUGGCCCAGGAAAUUGCUCUUAAACAAGCAGAGGUACCGCCAGUCCAUGACCAGGAUGUUCCCAGAGGUCGAGAGCUGCUGACUCCUGAGCACACCAGAAGGAUCCGAGAAUGUCAAGAGCGCCUCCUGGAACAAAACAGAAUUAAUCAACAGUCUAUGGAAGUGGCUCGACGGCACCUGGAAAAAUACCAACAUGCUCUUCAGGUUCAUCGCAACGCGGCCAGCGCGCCGCCUCCUCUGCCACAGUUGCCCUCUGUGGAGCCACAAAUUGCUAUGGAGGUUACCUCACGAGGGUCUGCUGCUCUAACCUUCCCUUCCAGUCUUCCCUCCCCCAGUUUCAGCCUUUCUUCCAGCCCGCUGCCCGCUGAACCGUUUGGAAGGUCAAACCUUCCAGUUCACCAGAUACAGGGUGUCUCAGAUCUUGCCCCUUUGAGGCGAAACUUAGUUUCAAGAGUUGCUGAGCGAGCUAGAAGCCCAACAGUAACCAUAGAGUCACUUCCGUCUAAAGCGGUCAUCAGAAAAGUAUGUCCUCCUAAAGCAGUCACCAGGGGGAUACUUCCUCCUGAAGCCGUCACCAGAGGGGUACUUCCUCCUGAAGCGGUCACCAGAGAGCCACUUUCUCCUAAAAUAUUUACCAGAGAGCCAAUUCUGCCUCAAGUGAUCGCUACAGAGUCACUUCAUCCUAAACCAGUUACCAGAGAAGUCCUUCCUCUUCAAGCGGUCACCAAAGAGUCCUUUGCUCUUAAACCUGUCACCACAGACUUCCUUCCUUUUAAAGCGAUCACCACAAGCCUUCCAUUCCAGCCCAUCCAAACAGUCACAUUGGGUCGCCCUCCGCUUCCUCGAUUUCCGCUAGCUGGAUCCCCUGCAGAUGACUACUCGGACCGGCAGAGACCUCAGGAGUUUUACGAGCGGCAAAGGGAGGGCGAGGUGGAAAGCUUUGAAGAGCUGCGUCUGCAACAGCGAGAGAGCUUGGAGCUACUGAGGCAGCAGAAGGAAACAUUGAAGGCUCUGAUUAAUGUUGAUGCGCAAGUGAGACCGCAAAGUGAGGUCUCAGCACCAGAUGACGCUGGUCAAACCCGCUCGGAACUACUUUCUUCUCUGCUCAAAGUAAUUGAAAAAGCAAACAAGGGGAGUUUGUCCCAUGCGAGACAUCUGCAGGUGGAAGAUGUCCCAAGUCUACAACUCCCAUCCACCAGCAGGGCAGCCUCGCUCCAUGCGCCUGCUCGAGCAGCAAAGCCCCCAGUGACCCGCAUCCGGCUCGGCACGAUGAUGAGGGAACAGCACGAGCUCAGCGCCAUACAGGAAGUUGAGACACCAGUGGAUACCAGCCAAGUGACUGGCCCAGAGGAUGUUUUCACUGUGCCACAACACACAAUGGACUGGUCUCAGCAGGAGCCCUGUGACUUCUCUGUGGCCACCGAACAGGCUCUGCAGACGCCUUCCAUGUCAAGUUCAAAGAGGUCCGGGCCAGCCCUCUGUGGAGAUAAGCUGCUGAUGAGGAUUGGAACAUCCCCAGACUCUUCCCAGCAUGGUUCAUAUGACCCACUCUCAUCAGACUUCGGAAGGGGAGCCGACUGCGUUGGCCCGGCACCCAUGAUCCACAGCUCCCUCCCAGAUGAUUCCAGGCCACCCGGAGAGGCAAGUCAGCAGUAUGCACAUAGACCUCCUGAUCCAGAAUGCCUGUCCACCACCACCCUGUCCACUGGCAGCUACAGCACGAGUGAUCCAGAGCCCAACGCCGGUAAAUCUCCGAACCUUGUCACCCUGGAGACUUCUCGAGUUGGCACCUCCUCCCUGUUUGGUCCAAACUCCUCCAGUCCUGCUGCAGCCCAGCACCACUCAGCCUUGCUCGCCUCUCUGUUUAACGAUGGCAACGUCCAGCGCAUCAUUGACCGAUUCGCUAAAGAACUCGAUAGCUCUCUAAGCACAGCGGAUAAAAGCACAGACAGCGUAAACUCUGUUUCGGAGGAGCCUAACUCUUCGUUUUCUGAGCAGUCCUUGUACAAAAUAUCUGGGAGGCGAGGGGAGGACGACGAAGCAUCUCAUGUGACUCUUCCCCCUCAAGCCGUCCACUCAGAUCUGCUCGCCUCGCUGUUCAAUGACGGCAACGUACAGCAUGUCAUCGACCGAUUUGCCAAAGAGCUCGAUAGCUCUCAAAGCGCCGCGGGUAAAAGCACAGACAGCGAAGGCUCUGUUUUGGAGGAUCCUCACUCUUCUCUUACCGAGCAGUCUUUACAACAAGUCUCUGGGAGGCGAGAGGAGGACGACGAAUCAUCUCAUGUGACACUUCCCUCUCAGGCUGCCCACAUAAGUGACCUGACAAUCCAUCCAAUGAUGGAGCAGCUUUCGGUGUGCGAGGAUCAGGACUCGUUCAGACCUCUAAUGGCUCAGCUGGCGGAUCAGUCCUCCACCCUCCUCGCCGAUCACAGAGACGCCACCAUGGAGCGUCUGGUAGAUCAACCAUCAGCUCAAUCGUCCAUGAUCGGUCAGCUGCCUGUCCCGCCACCUUCUGCCGGAUGGGACUUAACUCUGAGUCGCAUCAUGGAAGAAGUCUCCCUAGAGUCGAGCCAGCGUUGGCGGAGAGGCGAGCGGGAACCCUGUGUGGGUCAGCUGAUGUCUCGGGCAGAACGGUCGUGGUUGGACGAGAGUCAAGAGGAUAGCUCGAUGAGACCUCUCGUCGGGGAGUUGGACAUGUCUUCCGGCCAGGACAGUGGAACCUCAGGUGAGAGAAUGCGCGUGGAUCUCAGCGCCGCAACGCAGGCCACUGUGCUGCCGUACCAAUCAUUACCCACUGAAGACUCCCAUCACAGAACUUCCGACUCCAGACCGAAUCCGCUCCCGCCGCCCCCGCUUGGCGCAGACUCCUUUCUCCCUUUGCCGGCCGAGGUCACCUGCGACGAAACGGUCAACCCGUCCGCCGUCUUUCGCAACUCCUCCGACGGCCACCUCUCGAGUGGAGAGCUCAGCAUGUCGGCGCUUUCCAACUCUCAGUCGCACGACGACACCUCAGAGAGCGAGCGGUCCACUGAGUGCUUCAGGGCGGAGGACGGCUCCCACAGGAUAUCCGCUUGGCAUCGCGUCACCUCUCCUCAGGUGGUGGAGCUCUCGCAAUCGGACGUGAGGGAUGUUUCAUCUCCCUUCAGCGUGCUGCCAGAGGAGGAUGUGGAAGAGCAGAAUGAAAUGCGAGUUCCAGUUCCUGACCUCUCUGCAAAAGUUCAGCCAGAGCAGAGUUUAAACCUGAAGAUUGACUUCACUUCUAAGUUAUUGGAAGCAGGCAGUACGAAGGGCAUCCUUGAGCAGUCCCAAAUAACACUAGUGAGCUCGACGGACACCACACUGCAGGACAACCUUUUAUCUGUGGUAGAGCCAUUGUGGGAGGAGGAAGGACAGAAAGUCCAAGAGGCAUCCCAAACAACCAUAAUGGAGGAACCUUCAGGGGCCUCAAAAGAGGAGCAGAGCCCAACGCAUGCAGCCAUGCUUCUUGAGUUCAACUGGGAGUCUUGGCAGCAGGGCGUCUUUGAGCAGAAGCGGCGAGCUCUGCAGCAGAGGUCGGCCCGCCGGGCGGAAGAAGUCAAAGCUAAAGGUGCGCUGGCCAGGACUGGAGUUGCGGCGGUAAAGGUCGCUGCCCAGUCUGAGGAACGUCCUCCUCGGACUCGACGGGAUGCUCAACUUGACACAUUCAAAACGGCAAAGUCCACUUUGGUCAAGCAACAAAAGCCCCAGACUCCUCCAGCAGUGACCAUGUCAACAAGGCUGAACAACCAGAGCCAAGUCAAGAAAAGCAAACACGAUGUUUCGGAGAUGCACAAACGAACCCAGAGACUGUAUGAGCAGCUGGAGGAGGUGAAGCAGCAGAAGGCGGUUCGCAGCAGAAAAGAGGCUUAUGCCAAAAACAGACAGAAGGCCAAAGCCUUUCACAUGAAAACCCUCCAGAAGCUCCGUACCAAGCAGACUCAACUAUGAGUGACUCUGAUUGUGGUUUUAUACCUGUGUCCAUUAAGAUAUAAUUUUAUCAAUAAAGCUUUUAACUUAUUCAA